GAGACCUGUGCAACUGCAGCGCCGUGGGCAGCGCCAGCACAGAAUGCAACAGCACCACGGGGCAGUGCCCCUGCCUCGAGGGCUACGCGGGGCUGCGCUGCGAGACCUGUGCCCAGGGCUUCUUCCCGGAUCCGAGCAGCCAGCAGUGCCAUCCCUGCGGAUGCAACCCCUGGGGAUGCAGCCCCGCCGGCUCCCUCAGCGCCCAGUGUGACAGCUUUGGGAAAUGCCAGUGUAAAGCUGGUGUCACGGCCCUGAAGUGUGACCAGUGCAGUGAUGGAUACUACAGGUUUAAUGAAACCACGUGCGAGCCGUGCCAGUGCAACAACCACUCCAAGACCUGCAACAGCUCCACAGGCAUCUGCCUGCACUGCCAGGGGAACACCGAGGGAAACCACUGUGAGCUCUGCAAGGAGGGAUUCUACAGAAGCACCCAUCCUGCCCACUCCUGCCAUCGCUGCCCGUGCUCCACAGUGGCAUCGACCGGAACCUGCCGCAUACAGCCUGGUGAAAGUGCCCCAAGUUGUGACAAGUGCAAAACUGGGUACACUGGCCCGAACUGCAACCGCUGUGACAAUGGCUACUACAACUCCGACAGCAUCUGCGUGAGGUGUAAGUGCAACGGGAACGUGGACCCAGCGCAGUCACCCAGCGUGUGCCGGCCGGACAGCGGGGAGUGCAUCGGCUGCCUGUACCACACCGCCGGGUUCCACUGCGAGCGGUGUGAGGAUGGCUACAUCCGAGACCCCGACGGGACCAACUGCACCAAGAAAGAAGCCACUCUUGGGCCAGAAACAGGGGAGUUCACAACUUCAGCUCCAAAUGCCACCAAGGCAACAUCCUUUUCAACUGCAGUGAUAAACAGUACAUUGUCACCAACAACUAUACAGAUGCUAUUUCCCAUGAGUUCCUCUGACAACACCACUUCUGCUUUUGCAGAUGUGUCCUGGACUCAGUUUAACAUCAUUAUCUUGACAGUUAUUAUCAUUGUUGUGGUCCUACUAAUGGGCUUUGUGGGUGCUGUCUACAUGUACCGUGAGUAUCAGAACAGAAAACUCAACGCUCCUUUUUGGACCAUUGAACUCAAAGAGGACAACAUCAGUUUUAGCAGCUACCAUGACAGCAUUCCCAACGCUGAUGUUUCAGGGCUGUUGGAAGAUGACGGGAAUGAAGUCGCACCGAAUGGACAGCUAACGCUGACGACUCCCAUGCAUAACUAUAAAGCUUAGAAGCAGUGAUCCAGCUAUUCCAAAGUUGGCUUGGAAAAGUUAUGGGGCUUGUUGA